CGGAGACCAUCGAGCUAGCCGCUCUGGGCCGACCCUUCCAGCUGGGGAUGCUGUAUGACUGUCGUAGAGAUGUCCUCAUCCCAGGUAUCACUCUCUGGGAUUCUGAGAUGCUUCAGAAACACAUCAAUGUCCGUCCACAACCGAACACCGACUUCAAAAUCAUUGCUUCAGACUCAAGUGAAGCCAAGUCAGAAGCUUUGAAUGUGUCUGCAUCUCUUGAGGCCAGUUUUCUUGGUGGCUUAGUCAGUGUGAAGGGUUCUGCUGAAUUCCUACAUGACAAAAAGACCUCAAAGCGUCAGUCUAGGGUUUCUCUGCAGUACCGUACCACCACUCGCUUUGAGCAGUUGACCAUGGACCACCUGGGGGCAGGAAAUGUGAAACACUGUAAUGUCUUCCAAGAGGGCUCUUCAACCCAUGUGGUGACUGCCCUGCACUACGGAGCCCAGGCAUUCUUCGUUUUUGACCAAGAGGUUUCCUCAGGAGAAAACCACCAGGACAUCCAGGGAAACCUGCUGUGCACAGUAAAAAAGAUCCCUUUCACUACAAUAGAAGGGCAGGGAAAUUUGAAGAUGAGUGAGGAAGAGAAGAAAAAGGCCAAUAAAUUCAACUGUACCUUCCAUGGUGAUUUUGCACUAGAAAACAACCCUGUCACAUUUGAAGAUGCCAUCAAGGUGUAUGCAGGCCUGCCACGUCUGCUAGGGGAGAAGGGAGAACAUGCUGUGCCCAUGACUGUCUGGCUCUAUCCUCUCAAGAACCUGGACUCUGCAGCUGCCCAGCUAGUCAGGCAGAUCAGUGUUAGCCUGGUGCGUCGCGCACAGCAAAUCUUGGACGGACUGGACAAUACUGAUGUACAAUGCAAGGACAUGAUGAAGGAAGAUAUGGCUAUCAAGUUCCCUGAACUCAAAGCCAAGGUCAACAAGUUCAGGGACAUGUGCUCAGAGUACAAGCUGGUGUUCCAGAAAGGUCUCUGCAAGGUUCUUCCCAAAAUAAGAGGAGGAGGAAUGGAGGAGGAAGAGCUGAUCAAAAUGCUCAACAGCAAAGAACGUUCUCCAUUCCAGAAUGACCUCAUGAUCACGUACCUGGACGACAGAGAGAGAGAGAUGAAUGUUGUCAGCUCUUACCUUGACAUAAUGAAAGAGGUACAAGUUGUGUACACAAGCAGUGAAUUGGAUGGAAUAGUGCUUGAUAAAGCUAAUGAUUAUGUAGUGUGUUUUGCAUUAUCCUUUUUGAAGGAGAAAGAAGAGUAUCUGGUAGUCCUGGAGAACUACUUGCUGGAAGAAUCUAAGAACUUCAAAGAGUCUAACAAAGACAGAGAAAAUCUUGCAUUCUGUAUUGCAUCAAUUCCAAACAAACUCCUCACUGCGUCCUCCAUCCAUGUCUAUGAAAGAGGGACACUUUUGAAUCCACAGUUUGAGCUGCCAUCAAAGCCAGGUGUUCCCACCAUCAAGAGUCUGGAGCAUGACUGUGUACACUUGCAAGUCAACCCUCCCAACCUUGGUGUUACCUCUGUGGAAUCGUACCAGGUUUUGUACCAGGCUGAGCAGGCUGACUCUGAGUGGACCGAGGUCAAAUCUGAUGCUACUACACAGGUCACCAUCAGUCGUUUGGACCCAUACAAAAAGUACCGCUUUAGCUGCAAGGCAGUGUGUAGACCUGGUGUGAGCCUCUCCAGUGACUGGACAGAAUACGUCAGGACCCGUCCAUGUAGCCCCCCUGGACCACCCGCAGAGAAGAGGAUAGAAUCGGGAAGUAUCAGAGUGAACUGGGACAUUCCUACCAAGGCGGGAGAUGAUGUUGAAGUCAUUGGUUAUGUGGUAGAAUACAGAAAGAAAGAGGACAAGCAAAUCAACAGCAGCAAAAGUCAGGAAUUCCUCACAAAAUCCCAGAAGGUGGAAAAGGGCAAACCCUCAAUCCACUGGCUGAAUCUGGAACAGAAGUUUGGUGUAAGUGACAGUUUUGACCAGUACACAUUUGGGAGGAAAGUUGAGCAAGGGAAUAACAAGGUGAUAUUGCUUCUGGGGGCCACAGGUGCAGGAAAAACAACUCUGGUCAAUGCCAUGAUAAACUACAUCCUCGGGGUAAAGUGGGAAGAUUGUUACCGCUUUAAGCUCAUCCAUGAGGUGACCAACAGGUCCCAGGCUGAGAGCCAGACUGUGGUUGUGACAUCAUACGAGCUCUACAACCAGCCAGGCUUUCAGAUUCCUUAUUCUCUGACUGUCAUUGACACACCAGGGUUCGGAGACACCAGAGGAAUGGCUCAUGAUAAAUUGCUCAUCCAGAUGUUGAAGGAUUUCUUGUGUAACCCUUUAGGGAUUAAUCACAUUGAUGCAGUCUGCUUUGUAGUGCAGGCACCACUUGUUCGUCUCAGUCCUUCCCAGAGAUACAUCUUUGAUUCCAUCCUGUCCAUCUUUGGAAAGGAUGUUGCUGAAAACAUCCUGAUGCUUGUGACAUUUGUUGAUGGGAAGCACAUACCGGUGCUAGAGGCCAUCAAUGCUGCAAAUCUGCCCUGUAAGAAAGAUAAGAAGGGGCUACCAACCCAUUUCAAGUUCAACAGUUCAUUUCUGUUCUUAAAGGAGACAGAGAACAGCUCUGAAGAGGAUGAUUCUGACGAUGAUCAUAAGGCCCAGUGUCCAGAGCAAUGGAGGUCAACUUUCAAGGAGAUGAAGAAAUUUUUCCAAGCACUGGAAAGCAUUGAGAGUAAAGAUGUGACCCUGACAAUGAAAGUUCUGGAAGAACGUGAGCUUCUGGAGAAGACCAUGACACGCCUGACCCCUCAGAUCACAGCAGGUCUGUCAAAGCUAAGUGAGAUCAAAAGCUUCAAACAGUGUCUGGAGAACGAGGAUGAGAACAUGAAACAGAACAAAAACUUUGAGGCCGAGGUAAAUGUGCUGCAGGUGAAGCUGACUGCAAGAUCAAACUGCAAGAUCUGCAAUUUUACAUGUCACACCUGCUGUUUCCUUCCAAUGGAGGAUGACAUCAACAGUUGUGCCGUGAUGGAUGAUGAUGGCAACUGCACCAUAUGUCCAGGAAAAUGCUCUUCCAGUGACCACGACAGGGAAAAAGUCUUGUUGACAUAUGAAACAAAGACUGAGAAAAAGACUGUUCAAGGCAUGAAAGACAACUUCAUGAAGGCGUGGGACAAGUCUAUGGAAACCAAGGAGAUGCUGGAUAAGCUUGAGGAUGAGUUUCAUAUGAUCAAGGACGCAUUGAUGAAUUUGAUCAAGAAGUCUUCUGACUGUCUCAAGAGACUUAAUGAUGUUGCCCUGAAGCCAAGCUCUCUCUCCACUGUGGAGUAUAUUGAGAUAAUCAUUCGCACAGAGGAGGAGGAACGCAAACCAGGCUUCGAGGAUCGGAUCGUAGAGUUGAAGAAAAUGAAGGGAGAGUUUACGAUUCUGGAUAAGAUUAAAAAGGAGAAGAUAGUGGAUCAGGCUGUUGACUGUGGCCUGUGGACUGUGGCCUGUGGCCUGUGGCCUGUGGACUGUGGCCUGUGGCCUGUGGCCUGUGGACUGUGGCCUGUGGACUGUGGCCUGUGGCCUGUGGCCUGUGGACUGUGGACUGUGGAAUGUGGCCUGUGGCCUGUUGACUUUGGCCUGUGGACUGUGGCCUGUGGACUGUGGCCUGUGGACUGUGGCCUGUGGACUGUGGCCUGUGGCCUGUGGCCUGUGGACUGUGGCCUGUGGCCUGUGGACUGUGGCCUGUGGACUGUGGCCUGUGGCCUGUGGACUGUGGCCUGUGGCCUGUGGCCUGUGGCCUGUGGACUGUGGCCUGUGGACUGUGGCCUGUGGACUGUGGCCUGUGGCCUGUGGACUGUGGCCUGUGGACUGUGGCCUGUGGACUGUGGCCUGUGGCCUGUGGAAUAUCAGCGUUCAACAUCAGUGCCCUCAAUGCUCAUCAAUAAGCUAAGGAUCCUGGGACUAAACAACUCCCUCUGCAACUGGAUCCUGGACUUCCUGAUGGGCCGCCCCCAGGUGGUGAGGGUAGGUAACAACACAUCCACAAAGCUGAGCCUCAACAACGACGAGAGCUUAUAG